AUGCCUGCAGCUACGGGCCAUAACACAAGUCUCGACCUCAUCUUGCACUCUCUCCAGCAGUCGCUAAGCCAUGGCGACCCUUCACAAGCUCAGUCACAACUCCAGAAAGCGAAGUUAGCCCUUCUACAACAGAAUGCACUCAUCCCCUCUCAGCAGACGCCCGUUCCGACCCUAGCGACAGCCCGCUCCAUACUCGAGGCCGGUGCUCUUCUGUCAAUACGCUCGCGAGAUCCAGACUCAUUCAUCCGAUACUACUCACAACUUCAGCCCUUCUACGACUUCCCCGGCCUCCAAUCCAAUCCUUCUCAAAAUCGGUCCAAGAUCACCGGACUUUACCUGCUCCUGCUAUUGAGUCAGGGUGACUAUGCAGGGUUCCAUACCCUCCUUGAAUCUCUGAUUGUGGCGGAAGGCUCCAACGGUGCCUCAAGAGUGGAAGAAGACCAAUACAUCAAAUACCCCAUCGACCUUGAGCGAAGUCUCAUGGAGGGUAGCUACGAUCAGGUAUGGAGGAAAACCAAUGGCCGGGACGUGCCUGGCGAGGAGUUUGCCCUCUUCUCUGAUAUCUUGAUCAACACUAUCCGGCUCGAAAUCGCCUCAUGCGCUGCUCGGUCCUAUCCAUCGCUCCCCAUUGCUUCGGCCAAGAAUCUCCUCUUCCUCGAUUCCGAAGGUGCGGUCAUGGAUUUCGCGAGCGAACAGGGGUGGAGCCUAGAGGAAGGCCGGAUAUACUUCCCUGGUUUGGAGGAGGCGAAGAAGGAGGAUGAUGGGGACCAGAAAGAAGUGAUCAAUCACAUGGUCGAAUAUGCUCGUGAAUUGGAGAUGAUUGUCUAG